AUGGUUCUUUCGCUGAACUACCGCCGCCCGCCCUACGUCUCCUCGUCUUGCAACUGUCUCCACUCCGAGAAGAAUGACCAAGUUGAAUCAAUUAUCUCCAACUCAAGUUGUCCCUAUGGAAUUCCAGAGGCUCUCUCGUUUGACGAGAUUAUUAAUGGUGGCACCUGUCCUCCGGUUACCAUCCGUGAAUUCAUGGAUUUCCUACGCUACAUCGAGUUCGACGCAGAAAAUCUCCAAUUCUUUCUAUGGUACAAGGACUACUGUAAGCGUUUCGCCGAACUGCCAGACACUGAACGAAAGUUAGCACCAGAGUGGGCGGGGGAACAAGCACUGGCAGCGAAAGCCAACGCCGAGAAGAAGCUCCCAAAGAAGGUGGGCAACGCUGCCGCAGCCGUGUUGAAGGGCACCGACUUCGAUCUCAAUGCUAAACUGACCGUGCCCGAGGCUGCGGCAAACCCAUUCAAUACACCUCCAAGGGCCCCAUCAGCGACAGACCGCGACAAUGUUGCUCCAUUCACCGAUGGCUUUUCUGAGGAUGGUACCACUCUUCGAGCUAGGACUACUGACCACAGCAAGAAAGCAGAGGCUGUAUUCGAGGAAGCCGGCGCCCUCCAGCCUUUCACAAUCCAACCUUUUCGUGAGGAAGUGUCUCGAAUUAUUGCCAUCUACAUUGCCGAUGGGGCCCGACGAUCUCUGAACCUCUCGUCCCAAGAGAAGGCUGUUCUUCUGAAGGCUCUUUCAAUCACUACUCACCCCUCGGCCUUCCGCGAAGUGAUUGCUUCUGUUGAGUGGUCUCUCCGACGCCAAGCACACCCCAACUACAUCCGUUGGACGAUUUGCAAUGGCAACAAACCAAGACAGACCUUUGCACGAGGCUUGGGUGUCGGUGGCAUUGUUGCUGGAAUGGUUUACGCGAUUGUCGUCACUCUCAGCAGCGUCAAUCGCGGCUGGCGAGCACUUGCAUUCCUCAGUCUCUUCAUUGGUAUCGCGACUUUGUUUGCUGCUUGGAAGGGCAUGUGUGUGCUCUUGCAUGGUGUGCACCACAGACAUCUUCGACCUUGGGAACUCUUCGGGGACGAGGAUGAGGCUUCUUCGGAUUAUGGCUUGAAGAAGGGUUCAUUCGACAGCUUGGGUUCUUCCAACAGCUAUGAAGACGAACCUUGGGUGGCCCAAUAUGAGAAGCGCAAUGUCAUCCGCAAGAUCUUCGACCGCGAAGUUUGGAUCCAAGAGCCUGCCCUACGUCAGAUUCAGGAUACCAUCUUCGUACAAGCACUUAUCAUAGCGUUCAUCAUCUCAGCGAUUACCACUGCCAUUUUCCUGGCUAUCCCUCGUGGCAAGUUCUUUUGA